AUGGGCACAUCUCAGAGCAACGCGGGCGUUGAUCCAUUGAACCCACCUCCGCAUUUGCAACGACCAGGGACGGCUCAGAGUGAAUCGAAACGACGAACGACCGACCCAUUGGAAAGCAUUCGCAACUCUCUGUUUGGAGGUCGAAAGCAUGCAGCUGUGGACGGCCUAAAUCCACCUCGUCCCAGCUCACGACAAUCUCAAAAGUCCAAGAAAUCUCGCAAAAGCCAAUCAGUCGACCAUUCCCUCCUUCCAUUCACUCAACAAGGUGCAUCGUUCAAGACGCCCGCCAAAGAAGGUCAGUUUAAUUCGGCCAAAGAAUACUAUCGACACCACAAGAAAUCGAGCAUAUCGCCUCCUUUCAACUUUCAACACAUCACCCAUACUGCAAGAAAGCACCUGCCAAGGCUCGAAACCGUAGACGAGAAGGAUCUUUCCGCAAGGUUCUGGGCGUUGAACGCAUACCAAAAGCCAAAGCAGCAUCUUACUGGGAUCAAGGCUGAAGAUUUGGGGAAACGUCGGGAAAGAAGCGUGUCACCUGGUGGUCGCCCGGUAUCUUCACGACGUACCACGGAAGCAUCUGGUCCGUCACCGACCGCCGCGUCGCACACGCUUACUUGCAGCGUGGACGAAACCGUUUUCGAUGAAACACAGGAGACGAAGUUCAACCCAGACGACGCUUAUCGAUCCCUGGAGGACGUACACAAUGCACCACCAACACACCCACCCCCAAGACGGCCAUCGCCGAAGCAUUAUUCGUCAAUGAGCGCUCUGAGCUCGCCCCCAGCGAGUUCCGACCAUCGCCAUGUGAGAGCGCAAGGGUCCUUCGAUGAGACCAGGUUGUCCCGCAGUCCUCCGCGCCCGGGACCACAAAGGGCACGAACAAGUCUACCAGUUCAAUCGAUGGGGGACAAGAAGCUGCUGGGACAGAGCUUCCACGAAAAGCAGCCACUUCCCUCCAUACCUCAAGAGGAAUCGUCCCGCAAAGACUCCAAGAUCUCGCUGGGAAGCGGCUCAAGCCGAGCAUACAGCCUGUUUCCUGCUCCACCGGGUCAAAAGAUCGAAUACCCAUCAUCCGUCAAGUCGAAACGACCUUCGAUGUCAGCUGCUACCGUAGCCACGCUGAGUUCGCAGAAGACGGACGUUCUGAAUGAGAGCACCUGGGAAGACGACAUCGACUUUGCUUAUGAACAAGAAGCUGAGGCCAUGUGUGACUUUGACUGGGAGAAUGCUUCGUGCUCUCCACUACCGGAAGAGAACGAGCCCGACAGCGCAGCACCUUCGGGCCAUCCAUCACCUGUGGAGAGCAGCGGCGCAUCAAGCCCCAGUGGCGGCGUUCGACUCUCCACCUCCACAUUUCAACCCUCUGCAUUCACGUCCGACUCGUCGAUUGCCAACCGAGCACGGUCGAGCAGUGCAGCGACAUCCAUCUUCUCGUCGACUGAAAACGUCAAUCAGCAACACAAACGCGGCUCGUCUGUGGGCCACAAAGGUUUUGCAGCUGCCAGAAAGACGUCAACUGACGUUCUUUCGAAAAGCUCACCUUCCCUUACUCUGGAAUACGUACCUGAGGUAGUGAGCACUGCGACUCCCCCGCCCACGUUCAGCCUGACCGAGGCCGACAUCGAGACCACCAAGAAGUCUCCCACGAGCACCUCAUACUUCCCUGCCAUGGACCCGUUCGUCCCAGGAUAUCUCAGCGAUCCAGAGUCGGCAGGCACCGACGGCUCAAGGCAUCGUAAAUCAAGCUCCUAUAGCUCGUAUCAGAGCAGCGAGCGAUCCCUGCUCUUGGGCAGCGACACCACGAGGUGGUCGUCCGCAUCGACAAGUUCGAUACCCGAUUUGUUGCACAGCAAACGCAAGAGUCGAUCGAGCGUCCCCAAACAUAGAACCUCCAGACCUCUCGAAUCUGUACCACAUAGCCCCAGUCUCGACGCUGAGGCACACGAUGAAGACAACCUCGCCGUCCCGGCGCGAAACCCGCUAUGGGACAAGUCGCAGCAUGACUCGCUGAUGAUGCGCCGCCCCGACACGCCUGGCGAUCGUCAGGUACUGUACUCCGCAGGUCGCACAGUACAGCGCGGUCGUUCUGCCACGCCGUCACGCACCGCGAUUCGCCCCAUUACGGACAGCGAUGAAGCGGGCUGGAUAUGA